GCCCGCUUGGCUUCGGCGUCGGCGUCGCUCCCGCGCUGGAGCGGUAGGCCGGCUUCUCUCCGCGUCCGCGGGCCGCGCUGCCGUGUCGGUGGCCAGGGGCGCGCGAAGAACCGCCGGCCGCGCGGCGUCGGCUAGACGCCAAAGCGUCGGGGUCGUUGUGUCGUGGGAACGACGCCGGUGGCCGCCUCCGCGACAGCAGGUGCGGCCGCUUCAGCCCGGGGCGGGCGCGGCGGCUGCCCGGCGAGUCUCGGCUCGCGCCUCUCCCUUUCCUUCCUGGACCCGACGCCCAGCAGCGACCCUGAACCGACCGCCGGAGGGGCGGGCAAUGGCGGCCUCGACGGCUUCUCACCGGCCCAUUAAGGGGAUCCUGAAGAACAAGACCUCUACGACUUCCUCUGUGGUAGCCUCGGCCGAGCAGCAGCCCAGCAAGAGUGUCGACGAAGAACUGAGUAAAAAAUCCCAGAAGUGGGAUGAAAUGAACAUCCUGGCGACAUAUCAUCCAGCAGACAAAGACUAUGGUUUAAUGAAAAUAGAUGAACCAAGCACUCCAUACCACCGUAUGAUAGGUGAUGAUGAAGAUGCAUUGAGUGAUUCAGAAACCACUGAAGCCCUGACCCCAGAUACAUUAGCUAAGAAAUUAGCUGCUGCUGAAGGCUCGGAGUCAAAGUAUCAGGUUCAUGUACAAGAAAGCAGUGAAGAUGAAGACAGUGACCUCUCACCUGAAGAACAAGAAAAAAAGCGACAGUUUGAAAUGAAAAGGAAGCUUCACUACAAUGAAGGACUGAAUAUGAAAUUAGCUAGGCAAUUAAUUUCAAAAGAUCUACAUGAAGAUGAUGAAGAUGAAGAAAUGUUAGAGAGUGCAACUGGAGAAAGUAUGAAUAUGGAAGAAUCAAAUCAAGGAUCUACUACAAGUGACCAACUGCAAAACAAAUCACAGAGUUCAUAGAAGAGAUUUGUUCAACACUCAUUGUUGAUACAGACCCUGUUGCUAUACUUUACUGCUCUUGUUCUCUACAAUUCAUGACUUAAGUACCAAAAUGCAUACCAAUGUUGCCAAGAAUUAAAUAACUUUAGAGACUAAUUAGACUUGAAAAUGCCUAAUUGAUAUAUAUAUAUAUACAUAUUCUUGUGCCUAGUACUUCACCACAAAUACAGCAUAUCAUCAGUCCAAAACUGCAUUACUUUUUUAAGAACACUGGUUAAUUUGUAUAAGAUAUUACAUAGCUUUUUAUGCUUUAGAGGUUAAAUAAUAUCUUGGGGAGGGGGAGGGGAUUUAAUUUAUUUUCUUCACUUCUAGAUGUGAUAGCUCGUGUAAAAUUUUUUUAAGUCAAAAUCCAAUUGGAACAACAGAUUAUAUAGGCUGAUAAAUAUUCAAUCUGAAAAGUAUUUUAACACAUUUCAACUUGAUUUUUCUCUUUAAAUAAAAAAGAUUACAAGAAUUACUAUUGCAUUUUCUGGCCUACUACCUUUAAAAUUCCUUUUGAGUUUGUUUAUGUUUUCAGGGAAAGGAUUAAACUUUUUCCUCACCAAAACUAGCUUUAUUCACAAAUAAAUUAUCAGGUUAAACUUGCACUAAUGUCUGCUCUUUUUUUGUACACUUGAUUGGCAGACUUCAGAUCAGUUUUUUCAAACAAAUAUAAUUCUAAUGUAGUUUUAGCAUUCCCUUUAUAUGUCUGUCCUAACCACCUGCCUUUGUUUCAUACUCCUUUCCACAUAUAUGCACACAAUGACCCUUUACCUUUAUAAAGAACUGAAGGCCUGGUACACAGAUUCGUGCACCAGUGGGGUCCCUCGGCGUGCCUACAGGGAUUGGGCCAAAAUUGGCAGUUCAACAUCCCCCGAAGGGUCCCAGAUUGCGAGAGGGCGCAGCAGUGCACGAAUCCAUGCACCAGGCCUCUAGUAUGCAUAUAAGUAAGAUCUUUGGUUAAUCUCUUUCCGCCCUCCCCACUGCCCCUUCUCCUCUGAGAUUUAUUAGUCUGUUCCAUGUGUCUACACCUGUGUGUUGAGCAUCUGCCCCCUGAUGAUCAGUGUGCGUCAUAGCAACCGGUCGACCAGUCGCCUAGGCUUUUAUAUAUAUAGAUCACAGAUUGCUGUAACAUUAGGAACUCUUCCUUCUCUCACAUAUUCUGUCAUUUGUUGUAGCAAUGAAAAUCUUAUUUUGACUAUCAAUGCCUAUUUUUUUUUCUUCUAAUAUGUGGAGAAAACGGAUUUAAUAGCAGCAGUACUAUAGACAAGAAAUACAAUUCAACUGCAAAAUUUCUACACCGCUCUGAUUUACAGCCUGCUAAUUAAUUUGCUAUUACUAGUUUAUUGUUUGACUUAAGUAGACCUUAGGAAAUAACUGAGGUUGUUUUUUUUUUUUUGCAUGAUGAGAGAAUGGUGUGUAACUAGUGGUAUGAAGUUAGUUCCUAAAUGUAUAGACAAGUAAUAUGAACACUUUUUAAUUUAAAACUUUACUCUCUGCUUUAAGGGAAUAUGAUAAUGUAUACUAUGACAAAUGUAUUUUAUUCUUCUAACACAGUAAGAUUGAUAUUUUUACCCCCUGAAAUGAAGUGCAGUUCCUGUGUUUCUUGGUUUAAUGAUAGUUUCAUUUUUAGUCAAUUAUUUGUAUCUUAAUUUUUUGUUAGUGCCCAAAGAAUCCAUUAUAUGAACAGACUUUUAAAUAAUUCCUAUAUAUUGUACAUAUGAAAUGGCUUUUACUGAACAGCUUAUCUUCCACUUACAAGUUUAUGGAAAUAUCAAUAUGUCAAAUAAAAAGUGGGAGAGCCCUGGCCAGUGUGGUCAGUUGGUUGAGCGUCAUCCAAAAGGUCACCUGGUUUGAUUCCCAGUCAGGGCACAUACCUAGGUUACAGGUUCGAUCUCUGGUCAGGGUGCUUAUGUGAGGCAACUGAUGAAUGUUUCUCACAUCAAUGUUUCUCUCCCUCUCUCUAAAAGAUCAAUAAAAACAUUUUUU